AUAUGGGGGUGGGAGGAGACAGAAAGGAACACUAAGACGGAGACUGAUUCCGAGUGUAGGCUAAAAAUAGAACAUCUGUCCUAAGCUUGACACCGGAUAUUCCCAUUUGCUUAACUAUUCGUAGAUUCUUUUUCUUAUGCUGUAGUACGAACUCCUUUUAGAGUCCAGGUGUGUUUUUUCCUGUUUCCUAGAACAUUAUUUCUGGUAAACUGAACCGACUGUACAGUACCAAGGCUGCAGUCAACGGGAGAACUAAAUCAAACCUGUCUGCGACCUCGUCGUCCUCAAUACUGCUUCUGGACCAUGACUCGAAGGAUCUUCCUGUUUUGCAUCGCCUUGCUGAUGGUGUCUGCCUCCGAUGAAGAGACCACGUGCUCUAUACCUUCUGUGGAGCCGCUUCAGGAUACUGUCCUGACAUGUCACUUCUCAGAGGAUCUCAGUGUCACCAAGAAAGACUUAACGAUCUACCACUAUGGUUACAAAAACAAUCCUAUUGCAGUGGUGGACUGUUUGUGGCUUGGCGGUACAUUAUAUUGCAAUUUGAAGGACGGCUACAAAUUCAAUAAAAUCGUCAGCACACAUCUUAGCGUUGCUAUCAUGAGGGUGAAUUCAAAUCAGACAGGCGAGUACCGUUGUCAAGUUGAUGGAUAUAGCCCCACGUCCAUGAAAGCCUGCGAACUAAAGUUAAAACUAGGGGAAGAUAACACGUGCAAAAUCGUGCCAGUGCGGCCAGAAGGCCAAGCCAACCUGACCUGCUACUUCAACGAGGACGUCAGCAAAACUCAGAGCAACAUCACUGUGUACAGACACACUGGGCCUGAUGAACAAAAUCUUGUGCUGAACUGCUGGUGGGAUGGUCAAAAACCUAAAUGCUGGGUAGAGUCGGGUUACCAGUUAUUUCCACACAUUUCAUCUUAUCUCAUCCUACGUCUGCCUAAUGGUGACAGCAACUACUCCUGUGGACACGCCAGUUUUGUGUCAAAUUUUGGAGAUACAAAAAUGUGUCAACUGGUAAAAGAUAAAGGGAGUGGGAGAGAUGAAACAGAGGACACCACUCGAACCAUCAUUAUUAUCGUAGGAAUCACUGCCGGUGUCGUUUUGAUAAUUCUGGGAAUUUCACUUCUCAUCUUUCUGAAACGGAGAAAACCAGCAAUGAACAGAGGACGACAAGAUGAUGAAGCACAGCAAGCCAUGCUGGGAAUGCCCAUGACGAACAGGAGCAAAGGAAAGAAACCAAAAGUAAAACUGAGUAAGAAAGGUCGACAGUUGAUGACACAACAGUUUAGCGACUACUUGCUGCAAAGUGUCACAGACAUGUUCCCUGACAUCAUGACAGGCUGCUUCUUCGUGCCACCCGUGUACUUCAACACCACCAGGUACACCACCACCAAGGUGGGCGAUCAGGUAGUGAACAUUCCACAAUCUUCUGACGCGCGUGCUGUGACGCACGACAAGAACGUGCAGCGCGUUCUGUACUGCUUACGUCACUGGGCGGACCACAGUCGCGAGAACAUGUUCGUUGUGACGCAGCUUGAGUACGAAGACUACCUGAAUGGCGAUGACACCUUUACAGGACACACACUGCCAAAAGCCACCGACCUCGAUAAGAAAAACAAGACAAUAAAAUGUUUUGACUUGAUGAUCAUUCAUCGUCAACAUGGUGUUGUCCUCGGCGUUGUAGUAGACGUCGAUCUUGCUGACGACAGUAGAGGAGACGAAGAGGACGACACGACUAUACUCUGUUGUUUGUCAGACGCCAUACAACAGCUGAAGAAAGCAGAAGAUAUUGUGAGUCACGUGAUGUCAGACCUAAGCCAGUGUCUUCCAGUACGAAAGACCUUGAUCUUCCCCCAUCUCUCUGUCUCAUCACUUCAGCGUGCGCUAGAGGCGGAUGUGGGCUUGGCUGAGGAGCUUAGAGGAAUGCUGAAUAUUAAAAUCGUCGAUAAGUCUGCAAGUGGCGUCUGCACGGAUUCCUUAGAGAAAAUAUCCGAAUUCCGUUUCCCGGAAGAAGUCCAGUGUCCUGCCACUGACAGUGCUAAUAACUCAAGCACUAAUGAUAAAACAUCUUACGAUCCAAUGCGCAAACCCCCUGACGACCCUAUUAUUAAAACCAUCGAAAAUCCCACAGUUAACCUACUUGACAAUCCCAUCAGAGUGUGCUUAUGUGCUGACCAUCUUUCUGACCCCCAAAACCCUGGUGAGAUCGCGUCAGGAGUUCUUGAGGACCUACAACAAUGGUGGUCGUUAUUGACACCCAGCGGUUCUGACGACAUAGGAAUGAACGAUGAUUUGUACAUGAAAGUAAUCAGCAGAGUGUGUGGACCUGCUACCAUUCCUACGUUUCCAAUGCUGGUGACAGUGAACCCAUCCAGUUGCCCAAGACCUUAGACCAGGCUGUGUCGUUGACUGGAGAACUGUUUGAGCGGCUGACACUGUACCCGGACAUGACAGACUUACUCAAGGAGCCCAGGCUCUUCAUUUGUGGUCCGCCAGGAACUGGAAAAACGACGAUGUUGAUGUUGGCUGGAAGGUCUUGGUUGUCAGAGGGUCAUGAUGUGUAUAUUCUCAAGACAUCAGAAAGUCGAUUCGAGCAAAGUUUGAAGAUAAAAAGCUCCACACGACCGUCAGACGAUGGGGUGAGAGGACAAGUUUUUGUUUACCAUGCUAACAUUCAUGACGCAAAGAGCAGAAGGUCUGCGAUAAAAGAAAUAUUCAAACAUUCAGGCAAGAAGCAAGUGCACAUCAUUGCUGAUGAACUGGAGUGUGACACAGAGGAGGUAAAAGACUUAAUGGAAGCUGUACUUAAAGUCAACAACAAUAAGGACUGCAUGUGGGUAACAAAGUCACGUGGUAGUAGAGGCCCAGCCGUGUGCCGAACAGAGAUUUUCACAAGACCUCUAAGACGUCCACCAGCUGUAGUUAGAGAAGCGUCAACAAUCUUAACUCAACAUUUUCCUGAUGUCAGACCCUACAGUCCUUCAGGUUUCCCAGCUCCCACUGACGGACCUCCUGUGAAACACAUUUAUCAUGGGGGUCAAGGGCACGCGAAAGGUCAGCCACGUGACUGUGAGCAGUGCGCAAACGAAGUGGCAAACUUUCUGACUCGUAUUAUUCACACUUCGCAAAGUGAUUCCAAAGAAAGCACAAUUUACGCGGCACAGAGGGCAAGUCAAGGGCCAGGCGACAGUUCUCUCUCCACGCCAGAGAUGUUAUGAUUCUCUUUGAAAGUGAAGUGGACCAAAGGAAAUCUACAAUGUUGAAAAAACUUAGUGAGGCGGGCAUUUUUGUUGACCUCAGCGCGCCAUCCAGUGACGUCAUCGUGGCGCCCUCAGCAGGUGACAGUGACGUAGCACUGGCAGGGGAGGCAAGUCGGUUGCGUGGUGAGAAAAGAAAAGUCGUGGUGUAUGUUGAGGAUAAUGUCGAUAACUCAGACAUUUGGUGGACAAGAGUGCGUGGUAUUACCAGUUGUUAUUCGCAGCUGAUCAGGGUUAUGAAUGCUAAGUCAGGUCACAAUGCAUA